ACCAGGAAAAGUUCCAGUUAGAGCGAGAACUGGUCACAGUCCGUACGCGGUUAGAAGAAGAAACUAGAUUGAAGGAUGAGGCAAAGACAAGAAGUGAAGAACUAGAACAGAGACUAAACCAGUCUGAUACUGAAGUCCAAAAUGCCAAGGCCAGAAUCAAUGCUUUGUCUCGGGAAAUUCAGCAUUCACACAGCGAACAAGAAAAUGCAUCAACACAGUCUGCUGCUAUGGCUGGCAGCCUGGAGUCAAGAAAUAAAAGAAUACAAGAACUACAAGAACAGGUUGAAAAGCUUGAGGAACAGUUGACAGUAGUAACAAGAGCAAAAUGUGAGGCUGUCAUCAGGGCUGAAGAAGCUGGGAGCAGGGAGCUACACUUGCAGUACAAAGAGAAGAGAUUAGAGCAAGAACGGAGUCUACUAACACGCCAAGUGGAUCGCCUACAACAGCAGUUGGAGCAGAGAGUGGAGGAGAGUGUCAACCAGAGAAGAGAGCAUUCGACAACUAUUCUCAGACUACAGACAGAUCUCAAUCACAAAUUGGAAGAGUUACGAGUGGAGAGAGAGGAAAAUGAGAGGACACAAAAGGGCUUAGAAGAGAAAUCGCAAAGGAUUGAAGAACUUUUGUCAGCCUUGAAUGCCUCCAGAGAAUCAGAAAUGAAACUGGAUGAAACUUACCGCCAAGAGCUUGUAGCACAAAAGAAACUGGCUGACAUUUAUCAAGCUUCCUGUCAGGAUGAGAAAGAGCGUUGCACUGAGUUGGAGAAGGCAGUUGAAGAAUUACGUAAGCUCUUACAAGAGGCCAGUGAGCAGUAUGGAUGUUUGGAGCGUGCCAAGAAGGCAGCAGAGGAAGAAAGUGCAGAAGCUCUUCAGCAGUCAAAUUUGCUUGUCAAAGAACUCAAGGAGGAACUAGAUAAAGUGAAUCUGUUAAUGGAAGCAAGCUCUAAAAAGGAUCUAGGAGGACUAGAAGACUUGUCACCUGCUGCAAGUGCUGCAAGUCAACUGGUUAGUCGAGGCCUUAGUCUGACACAGUUGUACUCAGAGUAUAUGAGUGUGUCUGAGAAACUAAUUGGCACAGAGGAAGAAAACAAGAGACUAAAACGUUAUGUAGACCAGAUCUUACAGGAAAUCGAAGAUCGUGUUCCAGUAUUUAAGAAGCAGCGAGAUGAUCAUCAGAAGUCACUAGAGACCAUUACGUCCUUGCAUUCGCAGUUGGAGGAAACUUUAGCAGACCUUGAGAAGCAGAGGAUAGACUCACAGGAAGCUCGACGCAGAGCAAAAUACCUUGAAAGAGAGAAUUCCCGCCUGGGAAUGGAAGUGAAAGAUCUUGGAAAGCAGGUCACCAUCUUAGUUAUGCAGGUAGAAGCAGCUAGAGCAGGGCAACCUCCACCAGUUAUUCCUGUGGAAAAUGAUAGUCCAACUGGAGCGGGUGAGGUUAUCUCACAACGAUUGGUAGCAUUUAGAAAUGUUGCUGAACUCCAAGAACAGAACACUCAUCUCAGGACUUCAUUGAGAGAACUGUCUCAACAGAUGGAGGCAGUUGAAAAGGAGGCUGUUGAAAACAGAACACAAGACUUACAGGAGGAGCUAGAUGCAGCUAAAACACAGUUGUCAGAAUUGCAAGCAGCUCGUGAAAGACAAGAAUCACUCAUGGAAAAUAUUGUUAAUCAGCGUAACAUGUACCGCACCCUUCUGUCUCAACAAUCCCCCCAGACAAAACCACCAUCUUCAGCUCAGUCUUCCCAGUCUUCAGAUGUUUCUCAAGAAGAAUUAAAGAAAGUGAAAGAGGAACUUGAAAAUUCAAAGAAAGAAUUGGCAACAUUAAAGAAGGAGCAUGAAGAAUACCGUGAAGAAAAAAUAAAGAAUGAUAAAUUGCUGCAGGAUGAGUAUGAGAACCUAAGGGCCAACAUGGAGAAGACAAGGAAUGAGAAUGUCAAACUAAUAUCCCAAGCUGAGUACAAUGAUGAAAGGAUUAAAACGCAACAAAAUAAUGCUGAAGUUCUCCAGAGGCAGAUCAUGGCACUGGAGAAAAAUAAUUCAACACUGCAAGGCAUCAUUGGACGCCACGAGAGCACAAUAGAAACUCUACGUAAUGAGCUUCUAUCUCUGCAGAAGAAACUGUCUUGUGCUGAAGUCACACUUGGAAAAUCUGAGGGAGGAGAGAAUGCUGUUAAAGGAAUCUGAAGCACGGUUGCUGUCAGAGAGGGAGUCUUAUGAAAGAAAUCAGGCAUCCCAGGCUAUGGUACUUGCAAACUUAGAGACCAUUAAGAUUAAUUUGGAAAGAAGUGAUGCAACUGAGAAGAUGCGAUAUGAAAAUCAGAUUCAAGAACUAACAGAACAAUGCAGCCGUUUGAAGGCCAAGU